ACACUUUGAAGCAGGCAGACCUCUGGCACCAUGUUGAGCAUCGGGGUGCUCCUACACAAACUCCUGAUUCUUUUGCAGGUUACUCUGAGUGUUGUCGUUGGUAAAACCAUGAUGAUACUCUUCCCCGACGCCACGAAAAGAUACAUCCUAAAGCUGGGCGAAAAGAGCAGAAUGAACCAGAACCCAAAGUUCAGCUACGAAAACUGGGGUCCCACUUUUUUCAGCUUCCAGUAUUUGCUCUUUGUGCUGAAGGUGAAGUGGAGGAGGCUGGAAGACGAAGCCCACGAGGGACGCCCUGCCCCCAACACACCGGUGGUGGCUCUGAAUGGGGAGAUGCAGCACCUCUUCAGUUUCAUGCGAGAUAACCGACCUUUAAUCCUCAAUUUUGGAAGCUGCACCUGACCUUCAUUUAUGUUAAAAUUUGAUGAGUUCAACAAACUUGUCAAAGAUUUCAGCUCUAUAGCAGAUUUCCUUAUCAUCUACAUCGAAGAAGCUCACGCAGUAGAUGGAUGGGCCUUCAGAAACAAUGUUGUUAUUAAAAAUCACAGAAGCCUUGAGGAUCGAAAAACUGCAGCACAAUUUCUUCAGCAGAAGAACCCCUUAUGUCCAGUGGUUUUAGACACAAUGGAAAACCUGAGCAGCUCAAAAUACGCAGCGCUGCCAGAAAGACUGUAUAUACUUCAAGCAGGGAAUGUCAUCUACAAGGGAGGAGUGGGGCCUUGGAAUUACCACCCCCAGGAAAUACGCGCUGUCCUGGAAAAACUGAAAUAGAAAAAGAAGAGGACAUCAGAGUAAAGACUAUCUGGAUAUAAAAGCUCGAUGGAUAAGUUUUCAUAGGCCUAAGAGUUAAAAAACCAAAAUCUCAGAAUACUAGAAACAACUAGAAGGAGAAUAACGUACGUGCAUUUAGAGGGCAUCCACACUGUGGUUCAUCAUUCCUGUGUCUGGGGAUGUUCAGGUCUGUCACAACCACCUCAGCUUACUGCGCUAUACCACAGGCAGUAAUGAAUGCCAGUUGAGUCCGUUGAGCUGUUAUGACUGGAUACCAACAUCUACAUCCUUUAAGAAUACGGUGCAGGAUAAACCUUAGGGGUGGUGACAUUUGCAAGACCCAAUUUCAUGCAAAACAAAUGAUUCCACAUUAUUAAGUUUCUCUCUCUCUUGUACACAUACAAUGUUCCUAAACGUUCAGUUUCCCUCACUUCAGAAGGCUUCUGAAUGGAACCAUCUCUUGACAUUUGUUUCUAUAAUAUUUGUCAUGACAGUCACAGCAUAAAGCACAGACGGCUGUGACCUGAUUUUAGAAAAUAUUUUUAGAAACAAAGGAUUGAUCUGCCAUUGUUCAAACAAAUAAACAAACAAACCUUUCAGAGCA